AUUAAACUAUCCAAAAAUCUCUCUUCCAAGCUACUAAACUACAAUUUUCCUUGCGCGCUCUCUCUCUCUCUCUGUAUGGGUCUUUCGCAUCCGUAGACCGGUGCAAAGUCUCCUCUCCACGCACGUCCUCAUUUACCUCCCUCUCUGGCUUUUUUCCCAGGAAACAAGCAGUAGAGAGAGAGAGAGAGAAAAAAACAACAGCCCUUUAACGCAAAACCUUGAAUGGUUCUUGAUUUUGUUAAUUUCCAUGGCUUUUUUUAAAAAGUUGGUGCCUUUAUUAUUUCUGUUAUUGGCAAUUCUUAAUAGCUCCGUGUUUGGUCGUUUUGUGGUAGAGAAGAGUAGCAUAAGUGUGUUGUCUCCUUUAAGUCUUCAAUCAAAACAUGAUAGUGCUAUAGGAAACUUUGGUAUACCAGAUUAUGGUGGAGUUUUGGUGGGUUCUGCUGUGUAUCCUGAUAAAGAAGCUUUUGGAUGUCAAGCCUUUAGUGGUGAUAAGCCUUUCAGGUCCAAGACUCCUCGCCCUACCAUUCUCCUUCUUGAUCGUGGAGAAUGCUAUUUUGUUUUAAAAGCAUGGAAUGCCCAACAAGCUGGAGCUGCAGCAAUUUUAGUGGUUGAUAGUAUAGAGGAGCCAUUAAUAACUAUGGACUCUCCUGAGGCAAAUGGUAAUUCAGAUGGUUACGUAGAGAAGAUUCAAAUCCCAUCAGCAUUGAUAGAAAAAUCUUUUGGUGAAAGCUUGAAACAAGCCGUGAAGAACGGAGAGGAUGUUGUCAUCAAAAUGGAUUGGAGAGAGUCAGUACCUCAUCCUGACCAGAGAGUCGAAUAUGAGCUUUGGACAAACAGUAAUGAUGAAUGCGGGACUCGUUGCGAUGAGCAGAUGGAUUUUGUUAAAAAUUUCAAGGGUCAUGCUCAAAUCCUCGAGAAAGGGGGUUACACAUUGUUUACUCCACACUACAUUACUUGGUACUGUCCACGAUCUUUUACUCUUAGUAGUCAGUGCAAGUCUCAAUGCAUAAACAAAGGAAGAUAUUGUGCACCUGAUCCAGAACAAGAUUUUGGUGAGGGAUAUCAAGGGAAAGAUGUAGUGUUUGAGAACUUGAGGCAGCUUUGUGUCCAUAGAGUUGCUAAUGAGAGUGGCCGGUCUUGGGUUUGGUGGGAUUAUGUGACAGAUUUUCAUAUCAGGUGUUCAAUGAAAAAGAAGAGAUAUAGCAAAGAAUGUGCUGAGGAUGUUCUGAAAUCACUCGACCUUCCAGUGGAUAAGAUCAAAAAGUGCAUGGGUGAGCCUGAAGAUGAUGUGGAGAAUGAAGUGCUUAAAAAAGAACAAGAACUCCAGGUUGGGCGAGGAUCACGUGGUGAUGUUACCAUCUUGCCAACUCUGGUUAUUAAUAAUGUUCAGUAUCGAGGAAAAUUGGAGAGAACAGCUGUACUGAAGGCCAUAUGUGCUGGAUUUAAGGAGACCACUGAUCCUCCAAUCUGCUUAAGUUCAGAUCUCGAGACAAAUGAGUGUCUUGAAAGGAACGGAGGCUGUUGGCUGGGCAAAAAAUCUAACAUAUCUGCUUGCAAGGACACAUUUAGGGGAAGAGUAUGUGAAUGCCCCACUGUGAAGGGUGUCCAGUACAGAGGAGAUGGUUAUAUGUCUUGUGAAGCAUUUGGACCUGCAAGGUGCAUCAUAGAUAAUGGAGGAUGCUGGUCAGAAACAAGAAAUGGAUUAACAUUCUCAGCAUGCUCAGAAUCUCAAUUAUCAGGCUGUCAAUGCCCAGAAGGUUUUCAAGGAGAUGGUCAUGAUAACUGUGAAGAUAUCAAUGAAUGCAAGGAUGGUAUGGCUUGCCAGUGUGAUGGCUGCUCCUGUAAGAACACCUGGGGUGGAUAUGAGUGCAAGUGCAAGGGAGACCUCCUUUACAUCAAGGAACAAGAUGCUUGUAUUGAAAGAGCUGGAUCUCAAUUUGGAUGGUUCAUCACCUUUGUAAUUGUAGCGGUUGUAGGAGGAGCUGGUUUUGCUGGCUAUAUAUUCUACAAAUACAGGCUACGGUCUUACAUGGACUCAGAGAUCAUGGCUAUUAUGUCACAAUACAUGCCACUUGAUAACAACCACAACAAUGAACCUUCAACCGAAGCACAGCCUCUGCGACAAGGCACAUCUGUCUAAGAUUAUCUUUAAGCUAAAGCAAUCUGUUGUUCAAAGAAUGUUUGCAUCAGAAGAAUGAUGGUGUAAAUUUUUUAUACCCAAUGGCAGCUUUUGCAUAAGCUGAGAGAGGUUCACUUCUUGAUCUGCUAUAUAUUAUCAAGACCUUGCAAGUUACCAUACAGACUGAUACUUCACAGAAUUUUUUUCUUUACCCUUCUUCUUCCACUGUAAAUAAAAUAGUUGAGUUGUAAAUUUAGCAGCAAGGGUUAAUAAGGAAACAGUUGGAUGAUCAAUACACAAGGAAAAUGAAAGAAUAAACAAAAGGAUAUGUAAAAUUAAAUAUCGAUUAAUAAUGUCUUAGUUUUAGUGAAUUUUAGAAGCUUAAUGUUAAUACAAAUUUUAUGUGCUGAUGUUUGGUGUUA